CUUUGCGUUCAUCCGGGGACUUUGCUAAACCCUGACGUGUCUUUGUUGAUAAAUCUGAGGACAGGCGGAAGUGGAUGAAGUGUUAGAGGUUUAGACGAAAACAUCACAGUGAAAAUGGCUGACGGUUUUGACCCAUGUGAGUGUGUUUGGAAUCAUGAACAUGCCAUGCAAAGACUCAUUAACUUGCUGAGAAACACCCAGUCAUACUGCACAGACAAUGAGUGUUUGACAGACUUACCUGGUGCCAAUACUGCCCCAGAUGGAGGCUUAAACAACAUGAUGCUCAUGAUGUUCGGAUGGGUCGCUUUGGCCACAGCUCUUUUCCUGUUUCGUCCCAGGAGCAUGAGAAAUACUGGCGACUCCAAACCGGCCAGGAACAAUGAUCCCAGUCCCCCUCCUCCGGGUCCUUCUGUUAACUGAAGACAGAAAAGUGGAGCAUGGUUAUAAUCUCACAGUGGCUGUACAACAUUCUGUGUCAUCAUCUGGUGGAGGAUCUAACAUUUCAUUUCUACGACUUUUUUGUCUCAAGAGGGUGCCAUAUUUUUUUAAGGGGACUGUAUAUAUACACAUAGGCAUCUGCUUUCACUGCUGAGCAAAAGAUCAUUAUAUUGAUUGAGAGAAAAAAGAAAACAUUAACUCCACAUGCUAUUGUGAAAAAAGGGAAACACUGUAAUCAGUGAUUGCUACGUUACGUAGGUAAAUUAACUAAAUUUUGAUAUACAUGUAGAUAAUCAUCUGUUACACACUGUUUUAGGAACAUUUUUGGAAGUUUUAACAUGAAAAAUGAAAAUACCUUUUUUGUACACAGUGAGAUAUAGAUACUGUUAAGGGUUUAUUUUGUUUCGUUAAUAAGUGACAUAUUAAAGUCCUUAUUAGAAGAAAAAUGAUUUAACUUAAUGAAAUGAUCUGAAUGUACUGUACAGGUUUUUCAUUUUUAUACAAUUUAUAACCAGGUUAUCUUACAGUUACAACUAUUAGCAGUCAUUGGUACUGCUGACUUAAAAGCAGUCUUAUUUUUUCAAGUUGAAAACUUUUUUCAUGUAAUUCAACACAAAAACUAUCCUCAUCCAAAAAAACUAUCCUCAGUCUGAUGGUCUAAAACUAUAGCUAGUGUAAAUGGUAUCUGAUCUAAAUUGAUAAUUGAUAUUCAUUAGUCUGUGAUAGCAUUUUUUUGCAUGUCAAUUUAUGUAUCCAAUGUUUUGUAGUCGUUAACUUAGUUUUAUUUAUAAACAAAAAGCAUAAAAAUAGUCUUAAACUAUAGAAUUAGUCAAGUGCCUUCUUCAAGGAACUCUAAAGUAGAAAGGAUGCCUAGCUCUGGUAAUUUCCUGUAACAAGUUAAAGCAAUGGCAGUAUUUUGUUCUUUAUUACAAUUGUAUAAUACUGAAAAGUGUUCUAAAUAUAACUACAACACCUGAGUUCCCUAAGAGUAAAAAAUGGUUGGGCUGUUGGAUUUUCUUUUUAAAUUUGGUUUAUAGAUUUCACUUAAUCAUUCUUUGGAUUUUCAAAUUUUUGUGAUUUCAAUUCUUUUUGCCUUUGUUUAUAUUGUUAAGUGCUAUUGAACCAAGUUCAGUAAGUGUUUGUUGUUGCUUCAGAUGUGUAGCCAUUGUUUCACCAUUAUUAUAAUGUAGAAUAGUUUACUAUCAUGGUCAUUUUCUGCAAGGCUUAGGAAGUAUAAAAUCUAGAUGUGUUAGUGUAAAUUAAGAGCAAAUAUUUUCAAACAAAACAGGCAAAUUUCCGAGCAAAUACAAUCUGAAUUUAUCACUUCCAUAAUAUCACACACAGGAAAUCAUUCUAAAACAAAUAAACUCUAGUGAAUUUGAAAUCAAUAAAUAUUAAGUUUAUAAUGUUUGAGCAAUCACAUCUGUUUGAUAUAUAAUGAAGCAAAUCUUAUUAGCCAAAAUCAAGCACAUGAUCAUGACAUAUAUGCGACAUAUAUUCCAUCAUUAUAUCAAUCCAUACUUUACACUACAGUGUAGAAAUAAAAAUAUACUAUAUAAAAUCUUAUAAUUGAAAUAGGUCAAAAAUAGGUAAAUGCUGAGUCCUGUACAUAUAUACACCGUUAUUAAUGUGCAUGAAAUUAAGUAUAGGGUUAAUAGACAAGUGAUAAUGUAAGCUAUAAAAAUGUCAUUGUAGAUAAUACUUCAGUUUUUAUAAUUUCCUGGGCCCAGUUUAAAGCCAUAUAAGCUUACAAGUCAUUAAUGCAUACAAUGAAAUUUUUGGGAAACAUCUGUAAAAUUACAAUAUUUCUCGUAUUUGUUUUUGUCAUCGGAUGAUCGUGUUGGAUCCCUAUACAUGCAGUAUUAGUUCUGAAACAUAAAUUUUUGAAAAUAUACUUUAUAAGAGAGUAGCAUUGACAUUUUGUGAAGCUAAUAGAAUUUUGAUCAGAUGGACCUAGGAAGUUACUUUUGUAUCUGUUUUGGCUGCUAUGCUAUUUUGAAAGACGAGAUUCAGCACAGUUUCUAUAAAUAAAUAAAACAGAAAUUUAACUUUCUAUGUCCUCAUCCAAGUUACACACAUACAUUUUGUUUGGAACAUUUAUCAACCUUUUUCACAACAAUACAUGUUGGGACACUGAAAUAUCAUAAUUAGAUAUUACAGAUUAUUAGCUAGCAGCAAUCUUUUGAAGUAGGCGCUUCGAUUGUCCAUGUUUAAUUAACACUGAUGAUCCUCCUUUUUCAUGUCAAGCAAGAUAUGUCAUGAGUUCAGCAUUAAGUUUGUAUCUAGGCUGAUACCUAUAGAAAAGUGUUACAGAGUGAUGACUGUUGUUACGGUACUGAUAGAGAGUGCUACAAAUUGUAUGUAUUUUAUCUCCACAAAGUCAAUAUUUAGUAAUUACAUACAGUUUAAAGGCGCUGAUCAACGAUAAAGUUUGAAUGAUGUGCAAUGUAUGUAAAGAGAUUAUUGAUUGGUCAGUAAGGAGAAUUGUAGUGUGUAUAAGAUGGUGGGUGAGCUUUUUGUGAUAUAAACGUUUGUUAAUGUUAACGAGCUUGGUGUGAGGUUUAUGGAAAUUACCUAGGGGAGUGGGGGGCUGGGCUGGGCUGGGCUGGG